UUGAAGCUUAAAAAUUCUAUUCCAGAAGCGUACCGUGCUUUGGAACUCUUGGAAGAGUAUCAUGCACUCCUUAAUCGUCCUGGAGAUGACGAACUCAGAGUGGCAAUCGAACGUGUCAUUACAACCUUCAAAAAUAGCUUGUUCCAAGCUCUUCUAGAUCUUCAAGAGUUCUACGAAGAAACAUUGCUCAACGAACGUAAAACGGUUUUUCAAAAAAUAGCGGAAUCGCGAGAAAUAGCAAAACGUCUGGAUUCCAACCCACCGUUUGAACAUACGUACAUACACACGCAAACAGCACCUUUGGCAACUGCUGAGGUUUCGAUACUUUCAAUCAAUUCUAAUGGUGUUGGAAGUCUUGGAAAUUCUUCGUUCUCUUCGAGUCACGUCGUUCAUGAGAGGUUUCGUCAGCUAACAAAUGAUGGUAGCUGGCACACUACUGAAACAACAACACGUAGCACUGAUGGGCCAGGUGGAGUAAAUGGAAUGACUGAUAGUUUGGGUCGUGCUUGGGAAAUUGAAGACGUUGUGUUAGAGAAAGGCACAACUGGAUUAGGUUUCUCAAUAACCGGAGGAGUUGAUCAGCCAUCGGACGACGGUGAUACUUCAAUUUAUGUAACCAAUAUUAUCAUGGGCGGUGCCGCAGCAGCGGAUGGUCGCAUGAGGAAAUUCGACAAAAUUCUGAAAGUUAACAACACGGACUGUGUUAAUGUUCCACAUGAAGUUGCGGUUAAUGCAUUGAAAACAGCAGGAAAUGUUAGGAUUCGAAGGGUAAGUACCCUGUAUUUGUAUUAUUUUUGUUUUUUGUCUUUUGUAUUUUGUGUUUAUUUGUAUACAAAUGUAUUUUGUCAUUGGGAACCUCUACGAUAUCGCCGCAAUCGGUUAUGGUAUUUUAGGACUGGCCACUCUCCAAAUGUACCCACCUAUUCACCACCUCCUCCACCAGCUCAUGGUGGCUCACAGACACAUCUUGGUCAAACCCUACCUCAUGCUGGAUUAAGCUCACGAGCUAGAAUGGCUCACACUAUCGAUCUAUACAAGGGACAACGUGGGCUCGGAUUUUCGAUUGCUGGUGGAGUAGGAAAUGAACAUCUUCCUGGAGAUACCGAUAUUUAUGUUACAAAAAUCAUAGAGGGUGGUGCGGCAUAUCAUGAUGGUCGUCUCGGAGUGGGCGAUCGAAUCCUCGCCGUGGACGAUAUUUUGCUGGAAAAUGUCACCCAUGAAUAUGCUGUAAACGUGCUGAAGCAAACUGGUACGAAAGUGACGUUAUUGGUGCUAAAAGGAGAUCCUAACGUUAACGUUGGGACUAUUGACGACGCUGGAAGCCGCCAAUUCGUAGCGAGUACUCCUCAGUAUCCACAAACGACCUCAAUGCAAGACUUCAAUCGUUCUUUCGAUUCACAAACAGCGUUGACCUAUGGAGGACCACAAGCACCAAUUGGUUCAGGCAUAACUCCCCAUAUUCCCAUAACAAUGGAUCCAAGACCUGUGCCUCUGUAUAGAGGAAACCAGGGUCUUGGCUUCAAUAUCGUUGGUGGCGAGGACAAUGAACCAAUCUAUAUUAGCUAUGUCUUGCCAGGUGGCGUCGCUGAUCUCAGUGGAAACGUUAGAAAAGGUGAUGUGCUUCUUGAGGUAAAUGGUCGUUCACUACGUAAUGCGACACAUUCCCAAGCUGCUGAAGCACUCAAGAAUGCACAGAAUCCCGUGACACUUACGUUACAAUACAGGCCACAUGAUUAUCAGCAAUUUGAGGCAAAAAUUGAACGGUUACGAAAUGAUAUGAUACAGCAAAAUACAUCGGGCGGAACGCUUCCUCGUAAAGAAUUAUAUGUCAGAUCCUUGUUUGAUUACGACCACACUCGUGAAGUCGGCGUUCCUCAUCGUUCCAUAUCGUUUCAAUAUGGGGACAUAUUGCACAUCAUGAACACAUCGGACGAUGAUUGGUGGACUGCUAAAAAGGUUCUGGACAACGGAGAAGAGACACCAGAGGGAGUGAUUCCAUCGAAGAAAAGAAUUGAAAAACGGGAAAGAGCACGACGAAAGCAGGUGAAUUUCAACGCUGGUUCCAUGUCACUGGGUCGUAGUGCCGGUGGUGGUGGUGGAAUGGAAGGCAGACGAGGAAGUAAAAGCCAGCUUUCGUUUUCGAGGAAGUUCCCAUUUGUAAAAAGUACAGAUCGUCUGAAUGAAUUCACCGAUCAAGAACGUUGGUUUUAUCUUAUCUCCCUCUUAUUUACUUUUCCUAUUUUUCAGCUAUUUUUUAUAAUUGUAUCGAUAGUUUCUGUUAUUUGCAUUGAGCAUUUAAGAAACUAG